GUGGAACAAAGCUCAUGAUCUGCUAGUGGAACAGAAGAUAAAAAAGGAGGAGAUACCGCAGGUGGUGAAGGAAUCAAAGGUUAUGCUGCGAGAUGGAUACAAGUGUUUCUUUGACACACUGUUCAACAACAACAUCCCUUUGUUUAUUUUCUCAGCUGGAAUUGGUGAUGUAUUGGAAGAGAUCAUCCGUCAAGCUGGUGUCUUCCAUUGUAAUGUCGAAGUUGUUUCCAACUACAUGGAUUUUGAUGAAAAUGGUGUGCUGCAAGGAUUUAAAGGGGAUGUGAUUCACACUUUUAACAAAAACAAAGGUGCCUUGAAGAACACGGACCACUUUGAGAACAUAAAGGAGAGGACUAAUAUAAUCCUGCUGGGGGACACAAUGGGAGAUGUGAGCAUGGCUGAUGGUGUGCUACAUAUUGAAAAUAUCCUUAAAAUUGGGUACCUGAAUGACAAGGUGGAAGAGAGUCGAGACCUGUAUAUGAAUGGCUAUGAUGUUGUGUUGGAGCAAGAUGAAACAAUGAAUUUUGUGAAUACACUACUGCAGCUCAUAACUGAGAAAAAUUGAUUGGUCGUAGUACUGGAGUGGCUGUCCUCUACUCUUCCAGACACCCUAGAUAUCUGAUGGCAUGGCUGAUUGUCAGACAAGCGCUCAAAGUUUUUUUUUCCUCCUUCAUGCCCUUUAGAUGUGUAAAUACUAACAACAUCAGUAGGUAGACUUGUACAAUUAUUGACAUAUCAGAGACCUUUUUUGGAACUGCACGCAAUCCCAUCUUCUGUACCCUGCAGGAAUUUUGGGUAUAAUAGCAGAUUACUGUUCUUUGGUCUUUGUUGGACAUUUAGAAUGGUUUAUUUUGUACUGUAGCAUUAUUUUUCCACAUCUUUUUUAUCAGAGCACCAUUUUCUCCCAUGCUAGAAAAUAGUUUUUAUGCUGCAAAGUGAGAGAAAUGUCUUGCAAACAUUUUGUUGGUAGUAAAGAAGUGGUAGCCUUUUAUAUUCUUUUUACUUGUCUGAAACGUAGCCUGUUGUAGUAUUGUUUUAAAAUGUUACUGCUGGACUGCAUUCAACAAUUGCACAGCAAGGGCCGUCUCAAUGCCCAACUACCUGCCAUCUAUUACCUUUGGAGUAGUAUAUAUUCUGCUACAGGUGAUUGCACAAAAUGGACUUCUGAGAUUUUUAGUCAAUGCAUUUGUUCUCGUGGGUAUUUUCCUCAGUAGUUUGGCUUGCAAACUAUCAGUUUGUGACAAAUUAGUGCUUGUUAAUUCAGGUUUUACAAGAAGCUGUGGUAUCCACCAGUAAAUCAGUGCUUCUUCCUUUUAUUGUACCCCACAAAGUUUGUCCUUGAAUUGAGCUGUCCCCAUAUGUUUAGUUCUGUUUUUCUUGACCUGUAUUCUGUCAUGUAGAGAUUGCUCAUAAACAUGUGAGUGUGUGUGGGUUCAGUAUCUUAUUUUAAUGAAAUAUCAUUGGUCAGGCUCUGACAAGGAUUAUACCAGAUGUGGUAUAAUCUUGACUUUGUAAAAGAGGUGGAAGCCAUCUUAAUGGAAAUGGACUUUCAGUACUGUAUGGAAACAGUAUUUGCAUGUGAUCUGCAGACCUUUCACUUUUUUAGGGUUGGGGACAGAGGAUGCAUGCAGUGUGCAUAUAAAGCACUUGAUGUAGGGAAGGGGAGGAUGACCCCACAGUUGCAACAAACCGCACUUAAUCAUUUAGUUCUUUUGGUGGUAUCCGUUUUCCUUUAUGGCUUACUGAGUAGAGUAAGUGAAUAACAUUGUUGCUGAGGAGCUGUAAUGAAGGCGUAAAUAAAAUGAUUUAAAAUCCUCAGUGCAGUUUGGAGAAUAUUCCUAGCUUACAUUUUUGACAGUUUGAAAUUUGAGACAUAUUAAUUUUGUUUUAGGUUAUUUAUUUCCAUUUGUUAACUUGGUUAGAGUACUAAUUGCAAUUUCUUGCUCAACCCAGAGAAAAUACCACAUAGAUUUGUAAAUUAAAGAUUAGAGGUCACUAACAUGUCAUGUGUAAAGCACAUUAAUUUAAAUCUUUUCAUUUAAUGCAAACCCUUUACAAUGUGUUUUCCAUACAUUUUCACAGGAAAUACUGCUAUGCAGUAUGCAUUGAAACUAGUAAAGUUGGUUCUGUAUGGUGAGUUUGGCUGCUGCUUGCAAAAUUUCAAUGUUUUGUCUAGCUUGAGUCUUACUGCAGUGAAGUAAUGUUUCAUAUUUCCAUUCCUGCGUUCACUACCAUUAGUUGGUGGAAAUGUAAGGACAUAAGUACUUGUUUACUUUUGGAGGAAUUGCCUUUGCUAUUAACUUUUUUGAUGUACAAAUGAUCAGCACUGCAACAGAAUUAAAUUGUAAAGUAAUUUGUUUGCAACAAA